AUGUCACCAUGGGAAGACAAGGACAACCCUGUGGAAGUAUAUAUCUUGAGCACAAGCAUCCAGAUCAGUCAUUCAGAAAUCAAUGACAGGAUCAUCAUCUCUAACAUCAAGAGAGUGCCUGAGGAGGAAUGGCCGAACACCAGUGGACUCAGGACACAGGACAACAAUUGUGAAAGCCAUGACACUCACCUGGCAGCACUGGUCAGUGGGCAGAGUGUCGACAUUGCCAAGAACAUCAACAUACACAGCGUGCGUGUGCUCAACUGCCAAGGGAAGGGCACAGUCAGCGGGAUCCUCAUGGGCUUGGAGUUUAUUUGGAAAAAGCUGGUCUCCAAGCCCUCCAAGCGGAUGGUAGUGCUGCUGCCCCUGGUGAGUGGCUACAGUAGGAGCAUCAACAGUGCCUGCAAGCGCCUGACAAGGGCUGGGGCAGUGCUGGUGGCUGCUGCGGGCAACUUUCAGAGAAAUGCCUGUGCCUACUCCCCGGCGUCAUCUCCUGAGGUCAUCACUGUAGGAGCUGUCGAUUCCCAGGACCAGCCGUUCACCCAGGGACCUCAUGGGACCAAUUAUGGCUCCUGUGUGGAUAUCUUUGCUCCUGGGAAAGGUGUUAUCAGUGGGUCCAAUGAUUGUAACGUUUGCUAUGUAACACAGAGUGGAACUUCACAGGCAGCUGCUCAUGUGGCUGGCAUCGCAGCCCUGAUGCUCACUGUCCAGCCAAAUCUCACUGUGGCUGAGGUGAGGCAGAGGCUGAUCCACUACUCUGUCAGCAAUGCUAUCAAUGACACCUGGUUCCCUGAGGAAGAGCGAGACAUGACCCCCAACCUGGUGGCUGCACUGCCCUCAAUCACUCAGGAAACAGGUGGACAGCUGCUUUGCAGGACUGUGUGGUCACCACAGUGGAAACAGAGGGUGACAGAUGCUGCUGAGGCUCAUUGUGACCCGGAGGAGGAGCUGCUCAGCUGCUCCAGUUUCUCCCAGAGUGGGACUCGUCAGGGCGAGCGUGUGGGGACGCAAGGUAACAGUCGCAUUUGUCUGGCUUUUGGAGAUGGCCAUGUUUCUGCGGUGGCCCGAUGCUGUCUGCUCCCCAGAGCCAAAUGCAGCGUCCACACAGCUCCUCCAGCCUUGGUGGGGAUGAAGACCUAUAGCCACUGCCCACAUCCUGACCAUGUCCUCACAGGCUGCAGCUCCGAUUGGGGAAUAGAGAAUCCUGGUGUCUAUCGAAAUACUACACAGAAUCAAGGUUCUAAUCAGCCCAGGCGGUGCGCAGGACACGUGAAUGCCAGUGUCCAUGCUUCCUGCUGCCAUGCUCCUGGCCUGCAGUGCAAAAUGCAGAAGUUCAAGGCAGUGCGCCCCAUGGAGAAGAUCACCGUGACCUGUGAAGCGGGAUGGACGCUGACCAGCUGCAGUGCCUAUCCAGAGAUCUCAGUCACACUGGGAGCCUUCCCAAAGGACAACACGUGUGUGGAUUUCACAGAAAUGCCCAUGUCCUUCAUGAUUGCGUUACAUUGUGUGAUCAUGGUGGUGGUUGAUGGUGGUAAUCAUAGUGAUAAAGGUGGUGAUGGUGGUAGUAAUGAUGGUCAUGACAGUGUCAAUGAUGUUGAUGUUCAUAAGAGCAAUUAUGGUAAUUGUAGUGAUGGUUGUGCUGAUUGUAGUAAUCGUAGUGAUGAUUACAGUAUUGAUGAGAGUAUUUUCAGUGGUGAUGAUGGUGGCAAUGAUUGUUAUGGUGAUAGAGAUUAUGGAGACUAG